AUGGUCCGCGUCAUCAUCAAGGGCGGCGUGUGGAAGAAUACAGAGGAUGAGAUCCUCAAGGCCGCCAUCUCCAAGUAUGGCGUCAACCAGUGGGCGCGCAUCUCGUCGCUGCUCGUGCGCAAGACGCCCAAGCAGUGCAAGGCGCGCUGGUACGAAUGGCUCGACCCAUCCAUCAAAAAGACAGAAUGGUCCAGAGAAGAAGACGAAAAGCUUUUGCACCUCGCAAAGCUCAUGCCUACACAAUGGCGCACCAUCGCACCCCUCGUCGGACGCACCGCCAACCAGUGCCUCGAGCGAUACCAGAAACUUCUCGAUGAAGCCGAGGCGCACGACAAUCAGCCCGGCACCAGCUCCCUCGCACUCACAGGCACUGGCGAGGCCGUUCCGACCGCAGACGAUGUGCGUCGACUGCGUCCCGGUGAGAUCGAUCCGGAUCCAGAAACCAAGCCCGCACGACCCGAUCCCAUCGACAUGGACGAGGACGAAAAGGAGAUGCUCUCCGAAGCGCGUGCCCGUCUCGCCAACACGCAGGGCAAAAAGGCAAAGCGCAAGGCUCGUGAGCGCGCUCUCGAAGAGGCUCGCCGUCUCGCCAUGCUUCAGAAGCGCAGAGAGCUCAAGGCUGCCGGCAUCACGAUGAAGCAGAAGCCCAAAAAGGGCGCCAUCGACUACAACGCAGACAUCCCCUUCGAGAAGAAGCCGCUGCCCGGAUUCUACGACACGAGCGCAGAGGCCUCCAAAUCCUACUCGGCGCCCGUCGGCAAGACGCUGCAGGAGCUCAACAGCAGAAACGGGCCCGACGACGGCUCAAAGAACAAACGUCAGAGGGAAGCCGACGAAAAGAGCAAGCAGAACAAACAGGCUGCCUCGGUGCGCAACGAAGACCAGAUCCGCAAGCUCAAGGAGGCCGAACAGAUCACAAAGCGGCGCAAACUCAACCUCCCCGCCGCCCAAGUGGGUCAGGACGAGCUGGAGGCCAUCGUCAAGAUCGGCCAGGCGGGUGAACGUGCGCGCUCGCUCGUCGAGGAGGGUUCGAGCGAUGCGACCGACGGGCUGCUUGAAAAGUACUCGGCGCUCGACUCGGCGCAAACCGCGCGCACACCGCAGGUCGCAGCGAACGAGGAUGCACUCAUGAGAGAGGCGAGGAAUUUGCGCCUCAUGUCCGCAGCUCAGACGCCGCUGCUGGGCGAUGCCAACGCCGACCUAGAUGGAUCCCAGGCGGCCAGCGAUUCAAGCACGCGCCUUUCAGUCCCGCAGACCCCCAACCCGCUCCUCACCAACACGCUCCGAAACGAGCGCAGCGCGUCUGCUGAUAGAGCCGGUGGAAGCACACCUCUGAGGACUCCGCUGCGCGACAACCUCGGGCUCAACCUCGAGGACCGCAGUCGGGCCGGAUCCGAGACGCCGCGCGACCUCAAACGUGCGCGUAACUUCGCUCAGUCGAGCCUCCGCCACGCACUCUCGUCGCUGCCCGCGCCCAAGAAUGAUUUCGACAUUGUUGUCGAUGACGACGACGACGAGCCCGAGGCGAGCACGAGUGGGCACCAGGAAGGCGAUGCGUCGACGCGCCAAGAAGAUGCAGCGGAACGCGAUGCCAGGAUGGCGCGAGAGGCCGCCGAGGAGGAGGCCAGGGCAGAAGCAAGACGCAGUCAAGUGGUGCGCCGAAAUCUGCCUCGACCGGCCGAGGUGGAUCUGGCGCGGACGAUCGCACAGGUCGAGGCGAAAUACUCGGAACGAGUCGAGCUCAUGGUGGCGCGCGAAACGGCAUUUCUCUUGCAUCACGAUGUUCAUGUACAUCCCAUCGCAGGCGGUCAGCAUCCUGAGCCCGAGUCGGUGGAGCUGCAGGCGGUUUCGGACGACUCUCUCUCCGCCGCGCGCGAACUGAUGCGUGCCGAACUGGCGGGCCAGCUCGGAUUCGCCGGCGCCAACGACGAGGUGCUGCGGAGGCUGAUUGCUGCAUCGCUCGAUGAUGAUGACGAGACCACGGCGACGCUCGAGGCAGCGCUCAAGCGCGGAUGGGCAGCUUCACGAACCGACAAGGCGAGGCUGGAGCAGGAUCUGUCGCACGCGCGGAGCAGCAUGGCAGCUGCAGCUCAGCAGGCGUCCAAGGGCGAAAAGAUGCUGGGCAAAGUGUUGGGAGGAUACAAGACGAGGAGCGAGGCUCUGAGCGCAACGUCGAGGGAGACGUUCAAGGCGUUGGAGGAGGCGGCCAUCUCGCAGCACACGUUUGCACGGCUGCGCAGAGACGAGGAGGGCGGACGUGCGGAGCGACUCGACUCGCUGCGCAGGGAAGUGGAGCGUUUGGACAGUCGACAGGGCGUGGCGCAGGGUGUGUUCAGAGCGCUGCAAGAAGAGAGGGAUGCAUUGCAAGACGAGUGCGAGACGCUCGAGAUGCAACUCAACAUGCGCCAUGCCGAGGCGCUCAACGAAGCCGCGCUGCGGGAGUAA